AUGCCAAAGAGUAGAGUCCGUCCCGACCCUGUAUUCCUCGUCCCACCGCCGAAACCUGGAUCGGGCUUGUCGAGUGACCGCUCACUUUUCUCACGUCUUGAGCGCCUAGAAACCACGGUCCUUGGCUUACAGCAAGAACUGCGCACGGUGAAUGUGCUCACGGCUGCUCCGCCAACACCUGCUAGUUCUCACCAUCCAAACUCUCUCGGAGGCGAGACCAAUGGCUUCGUUCAAGAAGGCGUUGGCUAUCUCGAGAAUAUUGGAACAAGGGAUGACGCUCUUGUGAGUGUCACGAAGCGAAAGCACAUGUGGAUGAUUGACUAUAAAAAGCUCUGCAACAUGUCCGACUCGGUUACCUACGAAAUCAAGACUAUGAGAUUGACGUAUCUGAGACUCAACGAUGCCACGUCAAUCGUGAGUAGUAGCGUCGCCGUACUACUUUCUCUCUUUGCCCUAGGAGCUUUCUUCUCCGAGCCGUCGCGAACGUCCGAGAUAGCCAGGACGGAAGCUGAGUCCAUCACGCUUGCGAAAGUCUUCAGCAAGGGUGCAUGGGAUGUGCUGGACUACUCUCGCCGUACGAGUUCGGGCACGCUGGAAGAUGUGCAAGCCUACAUCCUGACCUCACACGCCCUGUCGCACAUUGAUGGGUUUUCCUCAAGAUGUAGAAUGUUGUUCUCGUCAGCUGUAUCGUUAGCCAGGGAUCUUCAGUUGCACCGAUUGGACGAAUGCGAGGACUCUACAAGCCACACUACUUAUGCUCGCUUGAUGAUCGAAAAGGAAAUCAAGCGCAGAGUUUUUUGGUACAUAGCUUCUGAGGACUGGUUGCAGUCAACUAUUUCUGGGCCGCAAGAAGGUACCUACUGGAUCCAAGGCCGCUAUAUCAAAGUGAAGCUGCCUCGCGACUGUACAGAUGAUGAUUUGGUGCUUGGAGACUUCAAUAGCAGACGCUCAGGAGAUGCGCCCACCCACAUGAUGGUGUUUCUUGAGAGGAUUCGUCUAGCACAUAUCUGCCGCGAGAUCACCGACACCGUACCAUUGAACACGAACACGCUUCUGCAAAUGCCGUACGAGCGUAUUAUUGCCUUGGAUCAAAAGUUAGCGCAGUUUCUCGCUACAAUGCCGCGGCUGCUGCAGUACGACAGUCCCAACAACAAGCUUCUUGAGUCCAUAUACCCUCAACUACCGUCCUGGCGCUACUGCAUUGCCAAAACCGCGCUCUCCCGGCGCUGGAAGCUGAACCAGCCGUUUCUUUUGCGACAGAAUCUCGACCCGCGGUAUGGAUACUCUCGAAGAGCAUGUGUGGAAUCUGCGCAAGCAGUGAUAAGAGGGUACGCAAGCCUGAAGAAGACUAAUGAGAUGUCGACGCUGCUCACGCGUAUGGGAAUCGCUGUCCAUUUCACGCAUCUGGCUCUAAGCGUACUUAUCAUGGACUUAUGCUUCAACAAACGUGAAACCGAUGUAGCUCAGAUCAAAGAGGAUAUCACGACAGCGUUCAGUAUCUUCGCAGAUGCGCCCACGGUUUCGCCGCUGCUUGCAAAGUCUCUUGCGUCGCUAAAAGCCGUCCUGCAGCAGAACAAUAUUGAGCUUGCAAUUACAUCAACAGACAUGGUCAACAAAGCCAACAACAGUGAUGAAGUAGCGCACAGUGUUUCUGAAACUACCGAAGGAGCGUUUCCUCCUCAUUACGAUCGACGCAGUGACCUUGAUACUACUACAGAUCCAACAUUCGAUACGUACUGGAACAUUGCGUUGCAGAAUGGUGGCGAAGUUGACCUCAGUGGCUGGGACGAUCUAUUCUCCUCCCUCGACACUCGUCUUAUUUAG